UCAUUCACUGCUUCCUUUCGCGCCGGGUAACCGGAGAGUUGUGUGUCCAUGUGCGCAGUGACUGGGAAUUCCUAGACCUCUGAAAUAUUUAAAUCCAAGCCGUAAACAUAGUUUUGGCGAUGGAUCCCGAAACUUUAGUCGAGGCCCUUCGGGGGACAAUGGACCCUCACUUGCGUGAGGCGGCUGAGAGACGUCUAAACGAGGGUCAUAGCCAGGUAAACUUUGUGUCCACUUUGCUGCGUGUCACCAUGUCUGAACAGCUCGACUUGCCUGUCAGGCAAGCAGGUGUGAUUUACCUGAAGAACAUGAUAACCCAGCACUGGAGUCAGGGAGACGCCACAUGCACAGAAAUUUCAGUCAAUAGCAUUCCUGAUGAGGAUAGGCAGUUUAUUCGAGACAACAUUGUAGAGGCCAUCAUUCACUCUCCUGAACGCAUCAGGGUUCAGCUAACAACAUGUAUCCAUCACAUGAUCAAACACGAUUACCCCAGCAAGUGGACAGCCAUUGUGGAUAAAAUUGGCUUGUAUCUGCAAUCAGACAACAGUGCAGGUUGGCUGGGCAUCUUGUUGUGUCUGUACCAGUUGGUCAAGAACUAUGAGUAUAAAAAACCAGAAGAACGCCAACCUCUAGUAGCUGCUAUGCACAUCUUCAUGCCCAUGAUAAAAGAACGUUUUAUCCAACUGCUCCCUGACCCUUCCAGUGACUCUGUCUUAGUGCAAAAGCAGAUCUUCAAAAUCCUCUAUGCUUUGUUCCAGUACAGCCUCCCCCUGGAACUUAUCAACCGACAGAACCUGACAGAAUGGAUGGAGAUUCUGAAGACUGUAGUUGACAGAGACGUUCCUCCAGAGACGAUGCAGGUAGAUGAAGAUGAGAGGCCUGAACUGCCUUGGUGGAAGUGUAAGAAGUGGGCGCUGCACAUCUUGGCUCGGCUGUUUGAGAGAUAUGGAAGCCCUGGCAACACAACAAAAGAGUAUGCAGAGUUUGCUGAGCUUUUCUUGAAAGAAUAUGCAGUGGCUGCACAGCAAGUGCUGCUGAAAGUCUUGUAUCAUUAUAAGGAAAAGCAGUAUGUGGCUCCCAGAGUACUCCAGCAGGCACUCAAUUAUAUAAACCAGGGAAUAGCACAUGCAUUGACGUGGAAGAACCUCAAACCACACAUCCAGGGAAUCAUUCAGGAUGUGGUUUUCCCCCUCAUGUGUUACACAGACAGUGACGAGGAACUCUGGCAGGAAGAUCCAUAUGAGUACAUUCGCAUGAAGUUUGAUGUAUUUGAGGACUUCAUCUCACCAACAACUGCAGCCCAGACACUCCUCUUUACUGCCUGCAACAAAAGGAAAGAGGUUCUCCAAAAAUCUAUGGGCUUCUGCUACCAGAUUCUGACUGAUCCCACCUCUGACCCAAGGAAAAAGGACGGCGCUCUCCAUAUGAUUGGCUCUCUGGCUGAAAUCUUACUGAAGAAGAAAAUUUACAAGGAUCAGAUGGAGUUCAUGCUGCAGAAUCAUGUCUUCCCCCUGUUCCGCAGUGAACUGGGCUACAUGCGAGCCAGAGCAUGCUGGGUACUCCAUUAUUUCUGCGAGGUGAAGUUUAAAAGUGACCAGAAUCUGCAGACAGCUAUUGAACUGACCCGACUUUGUCUAAUCAAUGAUAAUGAGAUGCCAGUUAAAGUGGAAGCUGCAAUUGCCCUUCAAGUUCUCAUCAGCAACCAGGAGAAAGCCAAAGAAUACAUCACCCCCUUCAUCCGGCCUGUGAUGCAGGCUCUCCUGCACAUUGUCAGGGAGACUGAGAACGAUGAUCUCACCAAUGUCAUACAGAAGAUGAUCUGCCAGUACAGUGAAGAGGUCACUCCAAUUGCAGUGGAGAUGACACAACACUUGGCUAUGACAUUCAAUCAGGUGAUUCAGACAGGCCCUGACGAGGAGGGGGGAGAUGACAAGGCUGUGACCGCUAUGGGCAUCCUCAAUACCAUUGACACAUUGCUAAGUGUGGUGGAGGACCACAAAGAGAUCACCCAGCAGCUGGAGGGCAUUUGUCUGCAGGUCAUUGGUACCGUGUUGCAGCAACAUGUGCUGGAGUUUUAUGAGGAGAUCUUGUCUUUGGCCCAUAGUCUGACUUGCCAGCAGGUGUCGCCACAGAUGUGGCAGCUCCUUCCACUGGUUUAUGAAGUCUUCCAACAGGAUGGAUUUGACUACUUCACAGAUAUGAUGCCUCUACUUCACAACUAUGUCACAGUUGAUACAGACACCCUUCUGAAUGAUCCCAAAUACCUGGAAAUCAUCUACAGCAUGUGCAAGAAGGUCCUGACAGGUGAUCCAGGUGAGGAUCCAGAAUGUCAUGCAGCCAAGCUUCUGGAAGUCGUCAUUCUGCAGUGCAAAGGCCGCGGUAUUGACCAGGUUGUACCCUUGUUUGUUGCUGCUGCCUUGGAGCGUCUGACACGGGAGGUGAAAACCAGUGAACUGAGAACAAUGUGCCUGCAGGUGGCCAUUGCUGCACUUUACUACAACCCAGUUCUUCUGCUCAACACCCUGGAGAAUCUGCGCUUUCCCAACAACACUGAGCCCAUCACUAACCACUUUAUAACUCAGUGGCUCAAAGAUGUGGAUUGCUUCCUUGGCCUCCAUGACAGGAAGAUGUGCGUUCUGGGACUUUGUGCUCUUAUUGACCUCCAGCACCGGCCACAAGCUGUCAAUCAGGUGGGGAGCCAACUUGUUCCAGCUGCAAUCCUGCUGUUCACUGGACUGAAGAGGGCGUACGCCUGCCGGGCAGAGCACGAGAAUGAUGACGAAGAUGAUGAUGAAGAUGAAGCCGAUGAAGACAACGCUGAGCUGGGCAGUGAUGAGGAUGACAUUGACGAGGAGGGGCAAGAAUACUUGGAGAUGUUGGCAAAGCAGGCAGGGGAGGGUGGUGAUGAUGAAGACUGGGAGGAGGACGAUGCUGAGGAGACUGCACUGGAGGGCUACACUACUGCUGUAGAUGAUGAAGAUAACUUUGUGGAUGAGUACCAGAUCUUCAAAGCAACACUACAGAAAAUCCAGACUAGUGACCCGGCGUGGUACCAGGCACUAACACAAGCCCUUGAUGAUGAACAGAAAAAACAUCUUCAGGACAUUGGUACACUUGCAGACCAGAGACAGGCGGCACAUGAAUCAAAGAUGAUCGAGAAACACGGAGGAUACAAGUUCAACGCACCAGUCGUGCCAACUACUUUCAACUUUGGAGGCACUGCUCCAGGAAUGAAUUGAGUCAUCUGUUGUACUUUUUUAUUACUCUGUGACUGAUUGUAGUGAAGUGGAAAAAAAAGCUUGUGUUGUUCCCUUAAGUAGUGGUUCCAGAACUGGUUUUUCUCAGUCAUUCUUCAAGUCUAUGAAAUGGGGUAAAUGCACUAGAAGACGUGGGACAGCAAGCAAAAGCAACCAAUGGCUGGAGAAAAUACCAACAAAUUGAGCUCGAUACGAGAAGAAACUGAACAACAUUGUCUUCUGGAGUCAAAUGUGGAGGAUAUGAUUGAUAUAAUAUGAACUUAUUUUUUAUGUUUGCUUGUUUUUUGUUUUUUCUUUACCCACUUGAACAAAUUGGGGGCUUAACAAUUUAAAUGAUUGGACUAAAUAUUUCAUUAUCACUAUUCAGGCCACAUGGUUGUAAUAGGCUUAUGCCUUUGGUAUUGGUGAUGUUACUUCUGCAUAAACAAUAGUGUUUAUGUACAUAAUAGCCAAGGUUAAUGAUUUUAUAGGUAGCCUUGGGGAAGAACAAAAUGAAGAGGGAAAAAAAAUAGAACCUGAGGUGUUUGUCAGGGGUCAACAGCUGUAUUCAUAUGUAGCAUAUUGGAUACUUCAUUGCGCUCUGUGAUGCCUGAUCUCUGUAAAUUAAUGACUAGCACUUUCAUAUUGUUCGGGUCUUCUAGCCUUCUGUAUCAGACUGCAAAAUUUUUUUUAAAGAAUUGAGGACUAUUUAAAAGUGAAAACAGCUGUUACUUUGUCAGCAGCAUCUGUAAUGGCUGAUUGUCACGUGUCUGGUCACAGAAUGGAUAGUGGGCAGCUCUUGACUAAGACUUUCAGGAAAAAGGAAAAUGCUCUCCGUACUCCGUGUGGCUAUAGAACAUGUUUAAGAGUGCAGAAAGAGUUGGAUCCAUCGUGGAAGCAUGUACAAUUUACACUUGUGAAGGUCUCAGGCUUUUGGUUGGUGUAUGGAUGAGCCAUCUAUAUAUUCAACAGUGUAUUAAAAAAAAAAAAGCUAAGGGAA